AUGGAAAUGGAAAGCAACACGCCAUUAGAACUCGGGGUUAGCUUGAGCUUCCCAUCAAUGCUUCUUUACCUAGCAUCAUAUUUUAUCAUUGAAAGAGUGAUAAAACACACUUUCAUUCGUUUCUUUCCCCAAACUUAUUCUGGACUUCACAAAGACAGAAAAGAUAUCCGCUACUUCGCCUUCGUGAUGGGAAUCCUCAUCACCAUCUUCUCGACACCGAUCUGCUACAAAGCACUGCAAGAAUCGAAACCCCGUAACGACAAACUCGGAUCGCCCAAUUAUUCUAAGGCAGGCGAGAUCUGCAUCGCAUCAAGGGGUGUAUUAUGGAUUUCAGAAUUAAACAGGCUCGAUUAUUCAUGGGUCUAUAUCACACACCACAUAUCCUCAAUCAGCUAUCUAGUCUACCACAUCCAGACAAACCAACCCUUGCGGUUGAUUCACGCUUUCUACACAUCUCUUCUCACAGAAUUAAUAUCGGACAUUUCAGCUCUUUUGACAAUCCACGAUUUCAGAACCGCGACCUCGUCACUCGCUUAUCGAUUCCAGACUACCAACACGAUUCUACUGGUUUUUCUCAGACUCCCUCCGAUAUGGUAUGCCGCGAAAUUCAUCGCCACACUCUCCACACGGACCAGUCUGUUCUGGAUAGAUUCAAUUUGUCUAUUGAUCUACUUCCUAUUCAUCACCCACCUAAUUUUCUCUGCCUCGCGACGCUUAAACCUUUUCCAGCUGGAAAGCAAGGCACCGGCAUACAUCCUCAUAACCCAAAGAUUCAAACUCUCCAUCUACAGCAUCUUCUUCGCAAUCGCCUCGUUUGUUACAGCAAUCAUCUCCGCCGUGAUAUAUAUCCAAAGCAGCACGCCUCUCCUAUCCGCUUCCGAAAUCAAACACUUGAGCCUUCAACUCAUGGGCAGUGGAGCUGCUGCGUAUGUGGGGGCGAGAGCAUCUUCACAUAUCAUCGGCAGAUCUCUAACACCAUUAAAUCGCAAAAUUUUGUUCAAAGCGAGUUUAUGGAUCCAAGGUUCUUUCUUCGCGGUUAUCUUGAGUAUCUGUGUUUCGCCGCUAGUCGGGCGAAUGAGGUUCAUCUCCUCGUUUUUUAUGGCGUUCCCGAUAGGAGAGUGUCUUGGUAGAAUUGGAUGCUACUUUGCUGGAUGUUGUGGUGAGAAAAAGUAUUGGGGCACUCCUGCUCCGCUACUUUCUUCGAUGUUGAAUGGCAUUGUCGGGGUUUCAGUCUUGAAACUUUGGGCAAGAGGGGGUUUGGAUCUUGAGUGGGGAGCGGGGAUGGCACUUUGUUUGAAUGCUAUGAUACGGAUUUUGUUACGCCCGAACUUAUUCUCUUUUGGACAAUUGGUAGCUGGAGCUGUAUUUGUGAUUAUAGGCACAAAACUUGUUACUGUGGUCCCAAGCAAUUCCGGCACCUUGGUCAAUCGGACCGGUGAGGACUUUGCUCUUCACGAAAAAAAUACUGUUAUCAAAGGAGAAUUUCUUGGGAGUGAGUGGAUAGUGUUGCUAGCUCUCGGAUCUGUGUUAGCUGGAAGCCUUGUUCAAGGUCCGACGGGUGAGGAUUUCACAGCAGAGGCGAUUCGAGCUUGUAAUACUGCUGGUGAAAAGAGUCUAUGGGAAAAGGAUGAGUCGCGAAAUCUGAAUGGUGUAGAGUAA